GUAAACGGUAAGAGGAUGAUGUUUUACAAAGUCUUGCGAGUCUUUUUCCAUUUUUUUAUGAUCUUGUAUUGCUGUGAAUGUAUGUCCGCUGAAACGUUAACAAGGAAAAAUGAAAAACGAAACAGCCUCAGAAAUAAUUAUCAGAUGUGCCUCGACAGUUUUAAGAUUCACGAAGAUAAAAUUAUUCGAACGCAGGAGUCUCGCGAGAUGGGUGCCAAGUAUUUGAAAGAAUUCGACGUGAAUUCUAGGGAAGAAUGUUUAAAAUUUUGCUGUGAUACAGACAAUUGUGACGUGUUUAUUUUUGAAGAAAAGAAACCUGGAAGUUGUUAUCUUUUCCAAUGUGGCCCAUUGCAUGACUUUAAAUGUAAAUUUACCAGUCAUGCAAAUUAUAGUAGUGCAGUGCGUACCAAUUAUAAUACAAAAAGCAAUUCACAAUGGGAGGAGGAAGUUAGAAUUUCUCAACAAGAGCAUGAAUUAAAAUCUCUCAGAAAAUUGGCAGAUCCAGCACUAGCAGAAUAUUCUUUUACAGAACCUCCCAUAAAAUUAAUUGCAACUUUGACACCAAAACUGUCAUUAACAACAUCUCCACCUAUUAAACAAGUUUGUAGUAGGAAUCAAUAUGAGUGUCGCUCAUCUGGCGAUUGCAUAGCAGUGUACAAUGUAUGUGAUGGUAUUCCACAAUGUGCAGAUGGAUCUGAUGAAGCAGCAGAUAUAGUAUGUCCUACAGAAAAACCAACAAUUUCCCCUUCUAUGAUUCAAGGACCUCAACCACCCCCACCACCAUUACCUGUUGAUAUCAUAAAGUAUCGACAAAUGGUUGAUCAGCGUAAACCUCUUGCUCCACUUUAUGCUCAUGUUCCAGAGGUUAAUCCUUGGGAGUUACCUAAUUUAGCUCAUCAAAUGAUACCACAGCAACAGCCUCUUCUAUAUCCAGCACAACAGAUGGAAGUACCUCAAAUGCAUAAAGAUUUUGGUGCUCCAGGAUACCAGUGGGAUUAUCAACCCCUGUAUGACCAGAACAAGGACCUUUAUAAUCCUGUUAAUUCUUUCCGUGAACAAAACAAUUUGAAUCCUUAUGAACGUGAGUGAAACAAUUUAUUUAAUAAACAUAAAAAAAAUUAUAUAUUAAAAAAAUAACAAUAUUCAAUUUUAAAUUGUUUUAUUAGUGGCACAUAUUCAGAUGUAAGACAUCCGUACACAUCACACUUUCCGUCCUCAAACAGAGGUCCGUGGCAAAGCAAUCAAAUUCAUCCGUCUCCAUCCCCGAUACCAAACGCGCAGCAAAAACAAAUGAUCGAAAUAGAGAAAAUUGUUAUUAGUACAAUAACACCUCCUUGUGAUACAUCACACGAACAAAAAGAUGUACCACUAAAAAGCGAAGAAAUUGGGAGAAUCACCCAGCAUGGAGACAAACAUAUAGUGCAUGAAAAGGAACUUAAUCGAAGUAAUGUUAAACAAAAUUCACUGAAAAGUGAAGUUCCAAAAUUUAGUCAUAUUCAAGCAAAGGAGCCUAAAGAACAUAAAAGUGUAAUAGUUAUCAAAGAUCACACCAGAGAGCACGGAAGAAAUAUCGUAAUCGCGGAACAUUUAAAACAAGCGAAUGAAAAUGAGGUUCUAAGACCCAGAGGAGCAGUCAUAUCAUUGGCUUUAGGACUCACGAUAACAGCUAUUACCGCCACGUUAAUAGCUUGUCGAUUACGAGUAGUUCGAAGACGCGGAAGGCGGCACGGACCAUAUGCUCAUGACGCAGAUUAUUUAGUAAAUGGAAUGUAUCUUUAA